AGAUUAAAUAUUAAAAUAAAGUCAAAGCAGGUGAGAGGAGCAGAGACGACCACGGUGAAGGGAACCUUCACUAGGCCCUCUCCAGGGACCAGAAGGUCCAGAAGGUUCCGCCAUGCCAGCGCUGCGUGUUUCGGAACAACCUGUCCGGUUCUCAGAUCCGGAACGUGGAUCCAGUUCGUGACUCAUGAGAUGAAACUCUGAUUUCCACGCAGGGAGGAGGCCGCUGGAAUGCACCGCGGAGAUACCUGUGCAGGUGCACCAGCGCCGCGACGCCAUUGGCUGCAGGUGCAUCCAUGUCCGCGCGCUCAGCCAAUCGGCGCGCGGUGACGUCAGCGCGGACCCAAAGGUUCGAUCAGAUUUGUUUCUAUCGGUGGUUGAGGAAGAAGCGGAGGCCGUCAGCUCACCUGAGCAGGUAGAUCCGUCCGAGCUCCUUCCGCGCACUUGGCAGCCAUGUCAGCCCCAGCACCUCAGGGCGGGAAGCUGCCACAGCUGGACAUUCUGGACCCGCACUUCCAGCAGCAGCUGGAGAACGCCCGGGCGCACGUCAGGCAGGAGAUCCAGCUGGAGCUGAAGAUCAAGGAGGCGGCGGAGCGCAUGAGACGGGCCUACACCAGCCGCAGGGGCGCCGCCGACGUGGACGGGGAGGUGAAGGCGUCCAACCGCAAGCUGGACCAGCUGCACCGGGAGCUGCAGGAGCUCAACGCCAUGUCCAUGGCUACGGAGAAGGAGAAGCUCACAGCAGCCGACCCAGAGGAAGAGGAGAAACCUUCGUCAGAGUCGUGUCAGUGGGAGGAAGUGACAUCACCGCUGGCCAGUCGGGUCAGAACCCUGAAGAAACAGCUGACCAUGGAGAGCAAAGUCAAGCAGGGCGCUGAGAACAUGAUCCUGACCUACACCAACAGCUCCUUCAAGGACAGGAAGAUGCUGGCCACGGCGCAGCAGAUGCUGCAGGACAGCCGCACCAAGAUCGAGCUGCUCAGGAUGCAGAUCGUUAAAGUCAGCCAGGCCAGAGACGGAGGCGCUUUGCUCGGUCCCAACGAGGAGAUCAUCAGUCCUCUGGAGCUGCGGGUGGCGGAGCUCCUGCAUCGCAUGAGCAUCGAGUCGGCCGUGGCCGAAGGAGCCAAGAACGUGGCCAAGCAGCUGAGCGAGCGCAAGAUCCAGGAGCGCCGGGUCCUGAGCGAGGCUCAGGCCCGGGUCCACGAGUCGUCUCAGAAGGUGGACCUGCUGCGUCUGUCCCUGGAGAAGCGUCUGGGCGAGCUGCCGCAGGGACAUCCGUCCUGUGCCGCCAUCAGAGAGGCUCUGGUUUCAGGGAUCUCACCGUCCUACGGAACGCCGAAGAAAUCAGGCAGCCUGCCGUCCUCUUCCUCCUUCUUCAGACCGGCCAGUCUGACAGGUCGGCUGGAGGUCUGCCUGAUGGGGUGCCAGGACCUGCUGGAGUCGGUUCCGGGUCGGUCCGCCUCCACCUGGGGCUUCGCUGACGGAAAGUCCAUGAAGGUGAAAAGUUCUGGACGGAGGGACAACGGCAGGACGAUGAAGUCGGAUGACCUGUCCACUGAGGUCAGCGCCGAGCUGAAGGUGGACAACCGGGUCGUGGGUCGGACUCACUGGAGGCCGCUGGGCAAAGAGGCCUGGGGCCAGAACUUCAGCACCGAACUGGAGCGGUCCAGGGAACUGGAAAUCGCCGUGUACCGUAAAGACUGGCGGGCUCUGAGCGCCGUGAAGUUCCUGCGGCUCGAGGACUUCCUGGACAACCGCAGACAUGGGAUGUGUUUGGAGCUGGAGCCUCAGGGCAUCCUCUUCAUCGAGGUGACCUUCAUCAAUCCCGUCAUCGAGCGUCCGUCUAAACUCCAGAGGCAGAGGAGGAUCUUCCCAAAGGAAAAAGGGAAGAACUUCCUCCGGGCGGCUCAGAUGAACAUGAACUUUGCCACGUGGGGCCGUCUGAUGAUGAGACUGCUGCCUCCCUGCACCCCCCAGGAACCCAUGAGUCCUCCGCUGCCGGCGCCGCCCUCCGGCUCCACCUCCUCCAGCGGUUCUCCGGCACGGGAAUCUGCAGCAUCCAGGCUGAACUUCUCUGAAGAAGCAGCCGGCAGAUCUCCACGGCCGUCCAGGAAGGAGGACGCCUCUCAGUCUCCAGAUUGGAAAAGCAGCCUGAAGCCCAGAAGACAAGCGUCUGUGCGUCCUGCUCCUCAGUCUGAGGAGCUGAAGAUGGAGGACUUCCACUGCAUCUCCGUCCUCGGCAGAGGUCACUUCGGCAAGGUUCUGCUGGCUGAGUAUAAGAAGUCGGGGAAAAUGUUCGCCAUCAAAGCGCUGAAGAAGGGUGACGUCAUAACCCGGGACGAGGUCGACAGCCUGAUGUGUGAGAAGCGGAUCUUUGAGGUGAUCAACUCGGCCCGCCACCCGUUCCUGGUCAACCUGCACGGCUGCUUCCAGACGGAGGACCACGUCUGCUUCGUCAUGGCCUACUCCUCAGGAGGAGACCUCAUGAAGCACAUCCACACCAGCAUCUUCUCAGAGAAGCAGACCCUGUUUUAUUCUUCGUGUGUUCUGCUCGGUCUGGAGUUCCUGCACCAGAACCACAUCGUCUACAGGGAUCUGAAGCUGGACAACCUGCUGAUGGACGCUGAUGGAUACGUCAGGAUUGCAGACUUCGGUUUGUGUAAAGAAGGAAUGGGCCACGGGGAUCGCACCAACACCUUCUGCGGCACGCCGGAGUUCCUGGCGCCGGAGGUUCUGACGGACAACAGCUACACCCGCAGCGUGGACUGGUGGGAGCUGGGGGUGCUGGUCUACGAGAUGCUGCUGGGGGAGUCUCCUUUCCCCGGUGACGAUGAGGAGGAGGUGUUCGACAGCAUCGUUAACGAAGAAGUGCGUUACCCCCGCUCCCUCUCUGCCAGGGCGGCGUCUCUCAUCCAGAAGCUGCUGCAGAAAGAUCCGGCUCUCCGACUCGGAUCAGGGGAGGAGGACGCCGCUGAGAUCAAGCAGCACCCGUUCUUUAAGAACAUGGACUGGGACGCCCUGCUGGCCAAGAGGAUGAAGCCGCCCUUCCUGCCGGCCAUCGCGGCGCCGCAGGACGUCAGUAACUUCGAUGAGGAGUUCACGCGCCUGCAGCCGGUUCUGUCGCUGCCGCGGACGCCGUGCGUCCUGACGGCCGAGCAGCAGCGCGUCUUCAGCGACUUCGACUUCUCCCUCAUCAGCUGACGGCCGCGUUUGAACGCCUCGCCGGGCCCUGAACGCAGCACGACGCUGUGACUGUAAAUAUGUGUGACUGUUUCUUUCUAUCUGCUGAUUUUAACUUAUUCUGCAGGAAUGUGGAUGUGAUUAAGGUUCUGAUGUGUGAAAACCACCGUGACCAUGAAUAAAAGCUGGACUUUAA